AUGGGAGGGAGCAGCGCCUCCUCCAGCCCAGAGGCCGGCGCCCCUCACCCACUUCUGAACACCGGGGUGCCUCUACGGUCCCCGGACCCCGCGGCGAGCCGCCCGGGGCUCCGAGGAGCCCCGUCUCAGCGCCGCCCGCCCGCCAGUCCGCCCGCCCGCCCGCCCGGCCGGCCGCGCCCGCCCGACUACUCGGGGGAGGGGGGGAAAGCAAAACCCUCCCGCCCGGCGGCCGCCCCGCCAGCGAACUUCCCGGCCCGCGCCGGCGCCGGCUCCCGGGCGGCUCGGACCUGCCCUCCGCCGGACCCCCCCCCCCCCGGCCGCCCGCCCGCCGUGGCCGGGCCUCACCUGGAGCCCUCCCCGCGGUGGGGGAGCUGGGGGCGGCGGCAGCGGCUCCGGGCUCGAGAAGGAAGUGAGAGCGGGAGGCCGGAGGAAGUGGGGGGGGGGGGUGGGCGGGCGGGCCGGUGGGCCGGGGCAGGGUGCGGAGGCGGGCCGGGGCGGGGCGCAACCAGGAAGUCGGCGGGCGCGCGCUCCCCGCCACCCUCCGCCCCGGCCCCUUGUGCAGGCUUUGCCCCCCAAGUCUUCACACAAAGUCCCGGGCUCCCCACCGCCCUCUCCCCGGCACCCCGCCCCGCGCCUCGUGGCGCCCGGGAUCCUUCAGAGCAGGCCUCUCAAGGUCAGAUCUCCCCGCCUCCGCCUGCCCAUCCUGCCCCCCAGCCCAGGGCCCUAACAACUGGGCGCUGGACAUGUGUCCUCGCCCUCCGGAUCUCACCCCACCAGCCUCCGCGGCGAGGCCGAGAAAAGGCGCCCCUAGGCCUGGUGCCGGCCGCCCGGCCCCGGCGAGGGAGCGAGCGGCGUUCGUGGCUGGCCGUCCAGGGUCGGGCCCGGGCGCUCCCCACCCGCUGCCCGGGUCCCCGGGGAGAGCGUGUAGAAGGGGGAAGGGGGGUGAUUCAGCAGUGGGAAGGUCUCAGACCCCUGGGGAGCUGUCGUCAGCGCGCCAUCAGCAAGAGGCGCCGGCGGAGGCGCGAGGGCCCCCCCCCCAAAAAAAAAAAGAAAAAACAACAACAGGAUGUCACGUCGUGGUUCCGCACCCCGCGACUGACUCCGCGCUCUUCGGGGGAGGGCGCAGGGCGGGCCGAGGCGCCCCUCGCUCCCGGUCCCUGUCAGACUCGGGGGUGGGAAGGGGGGGGGAAACGCAGAUGCUCGGAGCCGGAGGGCCGCACCCAGGCCUGUGGUCGGGCUGGGGCCCGGGGGACUGGCGGGUGGGCGGCCUCGUGGGCGCCCUCUGCCGCCUCGGCUCCCGGGCCUGGCGCGCCGAGGUUUGACUUGACCAUUCACACCCGGGGUUCUGCACAAACUUUCUGA